CCGCGGCCAUUGGGGCCCGGGCUGGCGGAGGGAACGCGCAGCCGCCGCGGCCGCCGCGAUGGUCUCCUGGAUGAUUUCGCGGGCCGUCGUGCUGGUGUUUGGGAUGCUGUAUCCUGCAUAUUACUCAUACAAAGCUGUGAAGACAAAAAAUGUGAAGGAGUAUGUUCGCUGGAUGAUGUAUUGGAUUGUGUUUGCUCUUUACACAGUCACUGAAACAGUAACUGACCUAACAAUCUCUUGGUUUCCACUGUACUAUGAACUGAAGAUAGCUUUUGUUAUUUGGCUUCUUUCCCCAUAUACUAGAGGGGCAAGUUUAAUCUACAGAAAAUUUCUCCAUCCACUUCUUUCUUCUAAAGAAAGGGAGAUUGAUGAGUACAUCGUACAAGCCAAAGAAAGAGGCUAUGAGACCAUGGUGAAUUUUGGAAGACAAGGGUUGAAUUUGGCAGCAACUGCUGCAGUGACAGCAGCUGUAAAGAGUCAAGGUGCGAUAACUGAGAAACUGAGAAGUUUCAGUAUGCAUGAUUUGACUACUAUACAAGGAGAUGAGCCAGUAGGACAGAGACCCUAUCAGGCAUUACCAGAUGCAAAAAAGAAAAUCAGAGCCUCUGCAAGUGAAUCUUCAGGUUACAAAACUCCACUGGAAAAAAAUCCCGGAGAUGAUAAAACAGAUGAAGAGAUGGAGGGGACACACUCGGAGGAUGAAAUGAUUGCUCAGAGAGGCCUUCGAAGAACUCAGAGUAUGAAAUCUGUGAAAACUAUUAAAGGCCGUAAAGAGAUACGGUAUGGAUCACUGAAAUACAGAGUAAAGAAGAGAACUGCUGUUUACUUCUAGGUGUAUUGCACAAUGCCUGCGAGACAAACUGCUGUAUAAUAAUAACUUGAAUUCGGUGUGUCAAGGAUCUGUAUAUGAUUCUUAGAAUGAGUAUAUAUGAAUAGAUAUGGUAGGACUUGGUUUUAUGAACCUAAGUGGUCAGAUAAAGUAUUACUCUGCUUUUCUGUAAUUGCUUAUUGUUUAGACUUAAAUCUGGAAAAGUUACAGUAUGAAUUUCAGCACUCCUUAAACAGGAGUUAAAUGAGUAACAGGAAGCAGCUUUUUUUCAGAGGAACUGAACAGGUCAAAAUAAUUACAAUUCCAAUUGAAUUAGCAGAAGCUGUAAGUAUUUGGAACUUGUGAAAAGUGAACCCAUAGUCAGUCCCCAAGUUUACGUGAAAAUAUAGGUAUACUUGAAAUAUUUUUCUGAACUACAGUUCGUGAAAAGCCUUUUUGUGUAAUUUAAAAACAUACAGUUUAAUAAAGGACAGUAGAUGGUGGGGAAGGGAAGACGAAGUUGAUACGGUACAUCCUUAAGACCAUCUUCUUGCAUUGUAUUGCCAAGCUUAACAAACAUAUAUAAUACUAAUAGGUGCAAACUAGGGGGUACACAUAGCACUGUAUGCAAAACUGUAUAGUUUUGCACACUUACUGAUUUAUAGCUGCACAUGUCAUUUUAGUGACUUCUUAGGUAGGUUAGACUUAUCUUUUGAAUGCCAGCAAUUCUUGUAUUCGAUUAUCUCUUUUUAAUUUAUCAUGAUUACUUAAGUACGCUAAGUAUGCUGUAGAUAAUUGCUACUAACACUUAACGAUAUUAUCAGGUGCCUUUCUAUGUAUACAAGGCUGUGUGGUUUUUUUGUCUGUGGUUUGGUCUUUUGUUUUCUUCUUCUUUUUUGUUGUUGUUUUGUGUCUUUAUUUCUCCUUCACCUAGAGAGAUGUAACAUGAUUUAAGUCAACUUUUGGUUAAAAUUGUGGUAAGUAAAACUUGUUAGUAAUACCAGUGAUAGACCUCAGGGAUCUGAUCAGCCCAUCGGUUGUGUAUUUUAAGUCAUGCUGACACAAAGGCAUGUGUGAUAGCUUAUUCAGGCCCUGGUUUGGUUUUGCUCUGCAUUGCUUUAAGAAUGUGUGUGUGUGUGUGUAUAAAUAUAUAUAUAAAAGAACAUGUAUGUGUGUAUAUUUCAUAUCAUGUGUAGAUUCUAAAAUUGGCUGUGUACUACUUUCUUCUAUUGCUGAAGUUGUUACUAAAAUAUUUACAUACAAAUAGCUUUUUAUAAAGGUCUAGCUGAUUUAGUCAGCCAUUUUAUAACCUAGAGUCCUAUGGCAUAACUGUUUGCACAGGGACUAAUUUUGAAAUGUCAUUCAAGGCAGGGACUUGUCAAAAUGACUAUUUGAGUCCCCUUUGAUUCUAUUUUCUGCAAUUCUGAGAAUUAGGCUGUUUUAGUUUUCUUUCUACUCUGGAUUUAGGGAGAAAACACCCACUUUCUGUAGAUAGUAUUUUAUUACUUGGCAUGGGGAGAGGUGGUUUUACUUUUCUUGAAGAGAAAAUGGCGUGCGAUUCCCUCUUAGCCUUGGAUCUUGGACUUCAAUCCUUAGACCUUCCCCCAGGUGUGACGGUCUACUGCAGCGCUUCUGAAGGUAUUCUUAAACCUUGGGCUUGCUGCAGUUCUUUUUCUUGUAUGUAUAUGACAUCUAUAGCAGGUGUCCUGCUGUUAGGCACUUCAUGACCAGUUAAUGUACACUGGCGUUAGAAGUAGCCUGCCGUAGGCUUUGGGCCAGGGUUUGAACUGUAUGGAUAAAAAUGCAGCUGGUCUGUGUUGGCAUUGCGUUCCUUGCUAUUGUAGGCGUUUGUAAGCCAAGUGCAAAGCCCUGGUCAGGUAUAACAGUACUGAUGGCACAGUGCUUUUAGCGUCUCCGAGGAAGCUAAAUGCUUUAGUCAGAAGUUGCAACAGUCCAUACGUGAUUAAACGGCCAAAGCUUGCGUCCCUGUACUGGAAAAUGCGGUUUUGUAUGGUAAGACAGGAAGGCUGCUCUCUCCCAAAUGAGUAGAGGGCAAAAAUCCCAUCCUCUAACCUAAACUGCAACUUGUGAUCGAGCUUUUACAGGGAGCUGUUGUCUGGGGGGGAGGCAGUGGUCAGAAAGGAGCUUCUCCCCCAGGCCUGUUUCAUCACUUGUGCCCCAGGGAUGUCUCUGCUUCUCACCCGUUUCCCUGAACGCACAGAAAGGCUGGCUUGUGUUGUGAGGUAUGUAAGACGUCAGAGGAAACAGGCUUUUGUAUCUGUGUCUCACCCUCUCUGAAAAUUAGACUAAGCUGGCCCUUGGGUGGAAUCUCUAAAUCUCACUCUCCAGUUGAGCAUCCUCCUCGAGCAUUUGCUGCCACAUCUUGGCUUUAACUCAUCAUGUUUAUUUUAUCGGCAAUAAAACUGUCAUCUUCCUACAAACCAGAAUCCUGCAUGAAGGAGCAGGGUAAGCCCUUCUUUCAGAAUUACAGUUCCUGUUACAGGCCCGUGUAGAUCCUGCUUUGGGGGUCGUGUGCUUUUCGCAUUUCCAAGGCUAGAAGUCAUUCGAGUAGUUUAGGCUCUACCACGCUCGUGGUCAGUAAGUUGCUCGACAUGCCACUAUGUACUGGAGGCUGUAACUUCCAGCAGACUUAACUUGCUAAUUAAGCAGUGACAAAGGCUAAAUAAAUUCUCCUUUUUCUGAACGAUGCAUGACACUGGGAAAGCUAGCAGUGUUAUUCAUAUUCAUUACUUUUUCCAUAUGAAUGUCCUUGUGUUCUCUCAGAUACUGUCUUAAGUGAUAAAACUUCCCGUGUUGUCCUAGCUGGCUUUUUCAGCCUAACAUUCAACCAUAAAAUUCUUUCCUUGACAGCUUGAUUUUGCUCUUUGAAUUUAUCCUGAAACUGGUUCACUGUAUGAUCUUAAUUCCCACCCCCCCGCCUUGCUGUUCAUGGUCAGCUGGUGCUUGGUAGGGCACAAUGGCGUGAUUAGCUUUCAUCCCAACAAUACGUGUUUCUUUCUGCUUGUGGAAUUCAGUUGAGUUUGGUUUUGAUAUAUCGCAUAAUCUUGUUAAACUUUGCGUACAGGGAAUUUUUAAACUUUUUUGCCUUAGCAACUGCAGAAGUGAUCUGUCUAGCUCUUGCCAGUAAACUUCUUGGGGAAAAAAAUUAAAAAUAAAAAUUGAACAUUCUUUUUGGUUUUGGAACGUAAAGAGUAGAACAUGUCAAAUUACAUCAUCUUAUGAAUAAAGCGUUUCCUGAGAACUGACUGACUGCCACCAACAGGAUCGCUAAUAUAGUUAAAGGAAAACUUAGAGAGAGGUUAAAGGCACUUUAAAAAGAGAGUAUGUAUUUCGUGUUAAAUCAUGUAAAGGUUUCAGGCCUUUCCAAAAUGUAGCUGGACUGACUCAGAUUUCUUAGCAAGAGCCUACUGUACGUGUUAAAAUACACAGUUUGAGAUGAGGAUUCAAUUGAUGGCCUCAGCUGCAAAUAAGUUUAGGUCAGACUGAUUACAAGGUAAUUGCCAAUACUAGCUACUUAAUGCUAAUUGCUUUGCUAUGUGAAAGUAAGUGAAUAUUAUCCAAGACACUUUUUGCAAACCAUAAUGAAUUUUAAAAUGAACAGAGGAUAAUUUGGUUAAAUGGAGCGGUGGAGUAAAUGCUAGAUGCAUUUUACACGCUGUUCAUGACAAAAGAUGUGUUUUAUUUUUGGUGUUGCUUUUAUUAAUAGAAAGUUGGUAUUUUUAAGUAUUUUUCUACAAACGUGUAUGUGCAAAGGCAAUACUGUAACAUUUUUCAAGAACUCGUAUUUUUAAAUGCUACAGACCAGAGACUGUCUACAUUGAGACUGAAGUUAGUAGCUUUACAAAAAUGCAAUGUAAGCUUUAAUUUUUAUAUUGUAAUAAUAACUUGCUGUCAACUUGUUUACAUAUUUGUAGGAGGGAAAGCUUCAUUAUUCAUUGACUUAUCUUGAUAAUAUCUUUAAUAAAUGCUGCUUUGAGCAGGA